AAUUAACGAUAUUUUUUAUACAAAAUUCUCGGCACCAACGUUACAAUUGAUAACUCCGGCAACUGCGCUAUCUUGUCAAGAAAAAUAAUAAUAGCUCCUGUCACGAUUUCAGUGUUCAAACAUCGCACGUUUAAAGUUGUUGGAUUGUAGUGUUUAUCUAUAGUGUUUUUAAGUGUUGAAUAAAUAUUAUAUUUAUUAAAAAUGUCAGCAUCACCGAUAGCGAGACAAGCUGUAGAAAGCCAAGCUAUACCAAUUAGAAGAGUUUUAAUUAAUGAUCAUUCCGAAUUACCCGCUCAUUAUUCUUCAACACCUGGAGGGACUCUAUUUUCGACUACCCCUGGAGGUACGAAGAUAGUCUACGAAAAAUCUGUUCUACUUACUUUAAGAAAUUCACCGAUAUCCAAAACACCACCACAAUUUGAAAUACCAGAUAGUAUUUUAGGAAACUCGAAUAAAAACACAAAAAAAACAGGUGAUCAAAAACGACCCAAUAAAGCAAGAAAGUCGAAACCUGAAAUCAACCACAAUAGCUCAGAGGACCAAUUCGACAUGGAACUUUAGUAUUAUUAUCAACGACCUGAAAAAAAUAAUCUAGGCUAGAUUUGAAAAAUUUACUAGUUGAAGUUUUAAUUACAGAACUUCGGUUGAAGAGGGAAUACAAAAAUUGAAACUUAUUGUGUUCAAUUAAAUUAAUAUAGUAAUAAGUCAUUUUAUUUAGAUUUUAAUAUUAAACUUCCCCUUUACUUAUAGUGUAACAAAAUAUAAAUAAAAUAAGUCGCCGUCAUUAGUAUAAAUUGGUUUUCCACAGAAUCUAUGAAUUUCUGUUUUAUGGUGAGCAGAUGGUUGUCUUAGAUAGGGAGGUGGUGGCAAUUUAGGUACAUAAUUUUAUCGUCGUUGAUACCAAGACUUAAUGUAGUCUGCACCUAUGUUAAGUAAAAAAAUAAGUGGCAGGCUCAGGUAGCUUUGAUUUUUUUUUUAUAAAUAAUUUCGUAAUAGUUUAGACAGUGAAAUCAGGAUUGUGGUAAUUUAUAUUAAAAUGUAGUAGGUACAAUAUCAUUCUAUCGUCUUUUUGAAAAUUAUUUUUGUUUUAUAGAUUAUUUGUGAAUAUGAGAAGGAAGCUUUUAAAUAUAAUAUACUAAACAAAUUGGUAA